AUGGCUGCGCCAGUGCUCCCUCUCCCUCAAGUCAAGCUUCCGCAGCUGCCAUCGACAAAAUUGACAACCGAACAGCUCUACUGGAGAUCGUUCAAAAAUCCUCUUCUCGUCUCCUCGCCAUCCAACAACCCAAUCAAUCUCAUUACACAACCAUCCGUCCCGUCUUCGUUAUCCGCCUAUCCUUCUGCCGCCCAACCCCCCGAUGUCUUCACCGUCACAACCGGUGCGCGAGUUCAGAUUUACUCUGUGCGGACAAGAAAACUUUUAAAGACAAUUACAAGAUUCGACGACACGGCGCGGGGCACCGAUAUUCGACCUGAUGGACGCAUUAUUGCUGUUGGCGAUGACACCGGUACUAUACAAGUUUUUGAUGUGAAUUCUCGUGCCAUCUUGAAAACAUGGAAAGAUCACAAGCAGCCCGUGUGGGUUACGAAGUUUUCGCCUAGCGACCCGACGACAAUUUUGAGUACAAGCGAUGAUCGUACAGUUCGACUAUGGAGUUUACCGAGUGAAAGCAGCGAGAGAACAUUUACCGGACACACGGACUAUGUCCGAAGCGGUGCCUUCCUGCCUGGCUCCAUGGCUUCGGCUGGUAUGGUGGUAUCGGGAAGUUAUGAUAAAACCGUGAGACUAUGGGAUCCACGUGUCGACGGCCGCGCCGUUAUGACUUUCCAGAUGAGUGCUGCAAUUGAGUGUGUUCUACCAAUGCCUUCUGGAACGACAGUGCUGGCUGCUGCAGACAACCAAAUCGCCGUCCUGGACGUCGUGGGCGGCAAGCCUUUACAUAUGAUCAAGAGUCACCAGAAGACAGUCACGUCACUUUCUUUAGCAUCAAAGGGCGAACGAGUGGUUAGUGGUGCUCUGGAUGGUCACUUGAAGGUGUUUGAUACGACCGGGUGGUCGGUCGUGGCUGGGUCCAAGUUCCCAUCGCCUAUUCUUUCAUUGCGUGUUCUCACAUCCGGUUCUGAAAGAGAAGAUAAGCAUAUCGCUGUUGGCAUGCAAUCGGGACUCCUCUCAAUCAAGACCAGACUUUCUGGUGAACAGAAGGUCAAGGAACGAGAACGUCAGAAGGAAAUGCAAGCUUUGAUGGAGGGUCGAAUUGAGGAGUACGAUAAGAAGGAGGCAAAGAAAGCACGGGGUAGGGGUCUCGAGAAACGUACCCGGGGGCAAGAUUUCCUCGGUGAAGGGGUUGAUAUCAUUAUUCAAGGACAGGACACGAAAAAGAGAAAGAAGGAAUCCGACUGGGAGUCUGAUCUCCGCCACGCUCGUUACUCUGAAGCUCUUAAUCGAGUUUUGGCCGGUACCGAUAAGACCGCACAACUGACGCUCAUCACGGCGCUGCGACAUCGUUCCGCACUACGGACCGCCUUGAUGAACCGCGACGAGGUUACCCUUCAACCAAUCUUGAAAUGGGUUUAUAAGUAUAUUUCGGAGCCUCGCCUCGUCAAUAUUUGCGUUGAAGUUGGAAUGAAUAUACUUGACAUUUACUCCGGCAACCUCGGUCAAUCAGCGGAUGUCGAUGCUCAAAUCAUCAAACUUCACAAGCGAGUGCGCGAAGAGGUUGAUCGAGCACAACAGGCCUGGCAAACGAAGGGCAUGUUGGAUAUGCUCAAAGUUUCUUGA